AUGUUCCAUGCUCCUAUUGUGCCUCGUGCGAGGAAAAGGUUGAGACCAGCGGAAUGCAGUGUUCCCAGGCAUGACGAGGUGAAGUUUGAAGAUGUCAGAGUGUACCUGGUGGAGAGGAAAAUGGGCCGCAGCAGGAGAAGCUUUCUGACCCAGCUGGCCAGGUCAAAGGGCUUUGUUGUGGAAGACAUCCUCAGUGAUGAGGUCACUCAUGUGGUGUCAGAGGAUAGCCACGCCUCAUCCUUGUGGAAGUGGCUAAAGGAGUGUGCCCCUAAGAAUCUACCUGAUGUGAAUGUGUUGGACAUCAGCUGGUUCACUGACAGCAUGAGAGAGGGGAGACCUGCUGCUGUGGAGACCAGACACCUCAUUCAGGACACCUUGCCCACAGAAGGUUCUCCACCCACUCCUGUGGCCACCGUUUCUCCACCCACUCCUGUGGCCACCGUUUCUCAAUACGCCUGUCAGAGACGGACAACCCUAGAAAACCAUAACAAGAUAUUUACAGAGGCUUUUGAAGUACUGGCGGAGAGCUAUGAGUUCAACAUGAACGAGGGUCAAUGUCUGGCUUUCAGGAGAGCUGCGUCUGUGCUGAAAAGUCUGCCUUGGGCGGUGCUGUCCCUGGGGGCAACACAGGACCUGCCCUGCUUGGGGCAGCACACUAAGAAAGUCAUGGAGGAGGUCCUUUACUAUGGCCGUUCGUUUGAAGUCGAUAACAUACUCUCUGAUGAAAGGUUUCAAACACUUAAGCUGUUCACGAGUGUGUUUGGGGUUGGACCGAAGACGGCUGAGAAGUGGUACUGCAGAGGGCUGCGCUCAUUCAGCGACAUUCUGGCAGACCGCAGCAUUCAUCUAAACCGGAUGCAACAAAGUGGUUUUCUGCAUUAUGGAGACAUCUCUAGGGCUGUCAGUAAAGCAGAGGCCCUGUCCCUGAGGAACAUUAUUGACGGAGCUGUCCAUGCGAUCACACCGGCCGCCGCGGUAGCACUGACAGGUGGCUUUCGCAGGGGAAAGGAGUUUGGUCAUGAUGUAGACUUUAUCGUGACCACACCUGAGCUGGGGAAGGAGGACAGACUGCUACUCAACAUUAUUGAUGGUCUGAAAAGACAAGGCCUUCUGCUUUACUGUGACUACCAGGCCUCCACCUUUGAUAUGGCGAAGCUUCCAAACCACAGAUUUAAGGCCAUGGACAACUUUUCAAAGUGCUUCCUGAUCCUGCGGCUGGAGAGCAGCCAAGUGGAGGGAGGUCUCCACAGUGUCGAGGGGGACAGCAGGGGCUGGAGGGCAGUGCGCGUGGACUUGGUAUCCCCGCCUUUGGAUCGUUACGCGUUUGCUCUCAUGGGCUGGACCGGCUCAAGGCAGUUUCAGAGAGACCUGCGGAGGUUCGCUCGAGCGGAGAGACGGAUGCUUCUGGACAACCACGCCCUGUACGACAAAAACAAGAAAGAGUUCCUGGCGGCUUCGACUGAAAAGGACAUCUUUGCCCAUCUGGGUCUCGAGUACAUCGAGCCUUGGCAGAGAAAUGCGUAGGCCUCCGC